AUGGACCUUUCCUCUUUACCUACAGAUGAUAAUCUUGACGACAAAAAAAGAGCAGCAGUUUUAUUAAGUCUGCAAGAAAUUGUACAGAAACAAAAAGAAAAUGUAAAGGUUAUGGAUAUUUGUUUCAAUAAAUGUGUUUCAAAAAUUGGACCAAAAUUAAGUUCAAGUGAACAAAAAUGUAUAUGGGAUUGUGCGAAUAGCUAUUUUUAUACUAACGUUUUCUUAAAUCAGCGCUUGGAACAAAUGACAAAGAUUUUAAAAUCAAAUAGUGACUAUACAAACUUAUAA